CUCACCAAGAGCGACAUACAAGGUAUUCCUGUAUCCGUUGUGGGGGAAGCCGUGAAGGGCUUCCGUUACGUGGUCGCGUGUCGGAAUAAGUAUUGGUCCACCUGCGUAAAUGAAUUCAGUCGUCAGCAAGACUUGCGGUCCGUACUAGCGAAGACGCGAUAUUGCUCUAGACUUCUAGAGGUCUUGUUGAUGACGAAGAAGUCAUCAAUAAGAAACGCAGUGAAAGGCAGCUUUCGGACGAACAUGUUUGCGGAUGACUGUGAGCCAGUGACUUUUGUUGGACGAAUCACAGGCGCCAAUGGCUUCCCCCAAGUUGCCCCCGGGCGGGCACAACCGACGAGUCUGUGGCUCUUCCUCCACUACUUCAAGGAUUCAUCAAGGAGCCCCUGCUUCUAUGCAAGACUUCGCAGCCUCUGUUGA